GAUGUCAGGCCUUGUGGGGAGUCAGGUUCAACCUAAAGGCCUUCAGCUUUCAAGAUUGAAAGAAGCCAAAGAGGGUCUCAUACUCGAGCUAUCAUUUGUAGAGGUUUCAGGCGAAGUAGAUACAAGAUCAGAUCAGUGGACAGCCAUGCAUCCGAUCAUGAGCAACAACAAUGGGCUGGACGAGCAAGCAUGCUUGUCAGCAUGGCACUUGGUGAGCGGUUCCGUGCUGCCCAUGGCCCUCAAGGCUGCUAUAGAGAUGGGCCUCUUGGAGGUGAUGGCGAAAGCCCAUCAGCAGGAGGGAAUCCCACUGCUUACAUCGCAUGAGAUAGCAGCCCGAUUGUCUGCCAAGAAUCCAGAAGCACCGACCCUGCUAGAGCGCCUCCUCCGACUACUUGCCAGCCACUCAAUUCUCACCUGCUCCACCACCACCAUUACCAACAACAACCAUGACUGCAAAGCCCAAUGGGGAUAUGGGCUGGGGGAGAAAUCGAGGUUCCUGUUGGGAGACGAGAAUGGAGGUUCCAUGGGUCCCCUGGUUCUCAUGUUGCAAGACAAGGUGUACAUGGAGUCAUGGUAUCACCUCAAAGACGCAGUGCUGGAAGGCGGCAUCCCCUUCAACAGGGCCUACGGCAUGAACAGCUUUGACUACCAUGGAAAGGACCCACGUUUCAGUAAGCUGUUCAACAACGGAAUGCACCAUCACUCGACCAUCAUCAUGAACAAGAUCCUGGAGAUCUACACCGGCUUCCAUGGCCUCCGCACACUGGUGGACGUUGGGGGAGGGACUGGUACCAACUUGGGGCUUAUCACAGCGACGUACCCGCAAAUCAAGGGCUUCAACUUCGACUUACCACAUGUCGUUCAAGAGGCCCCAAAUUUCCCUGGCGUCCAACAUGUUGGAGGUGACAUGUUUGCCAGCGUGCCAUCAGGCGAUGCCAUCUUUAUGAAGUGGAUCCUUCAUGACUGGGAUGAUGAUCAUUGCCUGAAACUGCUAGAGAAUUGUUGGAAGGCACUGCCAGAGAACGGCAAGGUGAUUAUUGCGGAGAUGGUUUUGCCGGAGACUGUAGAUAACAGUUUAAGCACAUCUGCUGUAUUUCAACUUGAUCUCUUGAUGUUGGCACUAAAUCAUGGAGGGAAGGAGAGGACGGAGAAGGAGUUUGAGGGUUUGGCAAAGGUUGCUGGAUUCACAGGGAUCAAGGCCAUAUGUUGCGCUUACAAUUUCUGGGUCAUUGAAUUCUACAAGAACAAAAGCAGCAAUAUUUAACUCUAGUAUAACUAUUUAAGAACCAUUAACGAUUCCAUUUGAAUUUGAACCAGUGUAAUAGAAGGCUUUCGAAUAAAUAUAUGAACUGAAACAGUUUAAAG